AUGUCUGUUUCGGUGGAAUACCGUGGCCGUGUGGCCAUCGUCACGUUCAACAACCCCAAAAGGCUCAAUGCGCUGACCUCGCAGGGCUACUUCCAACUAGCCCAGACCAUGAGAGAUAUUGCACAGCGACCAGACAUCACUGUGACCGUCCUAGUGGGCAAAGGUCGACUAUUUUCCGCUGGUGCCGAUGUGAAGGACGCACAAACCGUACGCGAGAAGACCGAUGCCACUGGCGCACUCAUGCGCCAACAGACUCUUCGCAACCUGUCGCACAUCCUGGAGGUGACGGAAGCCUUCUAUAGCCACCCCAAAGUGCUGGUCACGGCGCUGAAUGGGCCUGUGAUCGGACUCUCGGCGGCGCUCGUCUGUCAUUCCGACUUCGUCUACGCGAUGCCAAACGUCUACCUCCACGGGCCGUUCACGAAGCUGGGCAUUGCCGCCGAGGGUGCGUCAACCGUCACCCUCAUCCAGCAACUGGGACCACGCAAAGCCGCCGAGGCCCUGUUGAUGUCUAAGCGCAUUUCCUGCGAGGACCUGGUCCGUGUGGGCUUCAUUAACCAGGUCUUCGACACCCAAGGCAAUGAAGCCGCCUUCUUGAGUCGGGUGCUCGAAGAGCUCGAUCGCUGUCUGGGCGAAGAUCUCAGCGCCGAUGCAGUCCUGCGCGUCAAGGCAUUGAUGCGGACGCCUCAAACCCCUUUGCUUGCCUCCCAGACCUUGGCUGAGACUUUGGGCGUAGUCGACCGGCUGUCGUCCGCGACUUCUUCGGCCACGAGCCGCUUUGCCAAAGUUGCAAACAAGUCGACUGGGUCGAAGCUUUGA